AUGAAGGCAUUGAUUUUGGUUGGAGGAUUUGGAACAAGGUUGAGGCCAUUGACACUCAGUGUUCCCAAGCCUCUUGUUGAUUUUGCUAACAAGCCUAUGAUUCUGCACCAGAUAGAGGCUCUUAAGGACAUUGGAGUUACUGAAGUGGUGUUGGCUAUCAAUUACCAACCAGAGGUGAUGUUGAAUUUCUUGAAGGAUUUUGAGAAAAAACUCGACAUCAAAAUCACUUGCUCUCAAGAAACUGAACCAUUGGGGACUGCAGGUCCCUUGGCUCUAGCCAGAGAUAAGCUGAUAGAUGGUUCUGGUGAGCCUUUUUUUGUUCUCAACAGUGAUGUUAUCAGUGAGUAUCCGCUUAAAGAAAUGAUAAAAUUCCACAAAUCCCAUGGAGGAGAGGCUUCCAUAAUGGUGACAAAGGUUGAUGAGCCAUCAAAAUAUGGUGUAGUUGUCAUGGAAGAGACCACUGGCGAGGUUGAGAAAUUUGUGGAAAAACCGAAGUUAUUUGUUGGUAACAAAAUCAAUGCUGGAAUAUACCUAUUGAACCCCUCAGUUUUGGAUCAUAUUGAACUGAGACCCACUUCUAUCGAGAAAGAGGUUUUUCCAAAGAUUGCAGCAAACAAAAAGUUAUAUGCAAUGGUUCUGCCAGGAUUCUGGAUGGACAUUGGACAACCAAGGGACUAUAUCACAGGCCUGAGACUCUACCUGGACUCACUGAGGAAAAACACUUCUUCCAAGUUGGCCAGUGGCCCUCACAUUUUGGGGAAUGUAAUUGUGCAUGAGACAGCCAAAAUUGGAGAGGGAUGUCUCAUUGGACCUGAUGUAGCAAUUGGCCCCGGCUGUAUUAUUGAGUCAGGUGUCAGGCUUUCAAGCUGCACUGUAAUGCGAGGAGUUCGGAUUAAGAAGCAUGCUUGCAUAUCCAGCAGCAUCAUUGGGUGGCAUUCCACUGUGGGGCAAUGGGCUCGUGUGGAGAAUAUGACUAUCCUUGGAGAAGAUGUCCAUGUGUGUGAUGAAGUUUACAGCAAUGGUGGUGUGGUUUUACCCCACAAGGAAAUCAAAACAAGCAUUCUGAAUCCAGAGAUAGUCAUGUGA